CCGUAGAGUAGUGGUCGCGCACGGUCCGCAACGGAGCACUCUUCUUGGCGACGCAGGAAUGCUCGCGGCAACACGGCGUAGUCAAGAAAGAGCUGGCGGUACGCGAGAGCGCGAGCCCGCGGUCAGAACGGAACGCACACAGACACAGACACUGACACAGACACACACACAACAUCAAACAAAAGAGCUGAAAUACUGCAUCCGUCUGGCGAUGCCGGACUGAUGAAGCCCAGCGUCCGCAUCGAGAUCAAUGAUGCCGAUUCUUGGGCAAGAUCAUUUGGGCAUCCCUCGUCCUUGAACGCCCUCAACCAAGCUCCGAUCACGAGGCCGCAGUCGGUCAUGCCGCCGGCGGUGUGCGUGGACCGGAUUGGCACGCUGCUGAACCUGCUAGAAAACGGGAUCAUCGGAGGCUACUCUCCCUCCGUGACCCAGCUGCCACUGACGACCAACUUUCUAGCGAAACUGGGCCUACAAGAUUGGAAACCAGUCAUGUUGGAAGCCUGGGUCAGCGAAAGGACGUGGAGGCUAAAACUCUGACGAUCGCGCGUGUCAGCGUGUGGCGGGACCCGCUUCGAACCUGACACGAUUUGCUUGCGCACGCCGAUUGUCUCCUCCCUCAGCGACCGUCGAAUCCUCUCAUCCCCAACUCCAUGUCCGCCCGUUCUCGACAUGAGCGUGGCAACGCGUGCGUGACGCAGUUAUGUCCAAACCACCUUCUGUCAUGCCACCGUCGCUGCCUUGUUGCCUUCUUCUUCUAUGGAUCUUCCCCUCUUUACCUGCCUUGCCCCUAGCCGCAGAGCACUUGCUGGUGAUGGCGUUCUGGA